CAAUCGAUUCCGCACCGCAGUCCGGCUCAGCGUUCGACCAUGGCAGACAAGACUAAAGUAACUGAACAGUAUUAUGCUCCCCCACCAGAUCUGGGAAAAUGGGAGUCCUUCAGGAUUUUCCUUUACAACUCGGAGACGGGGCAGGUCCUGGGACGCACGGGAUCGAGUUGGGCCAAAAUCCUCCUAUUCUACGUGAUCUUCUACUCUAUACUGGUGGGUUUCUUCGCGGGUAUGCUGGCCAUCUUCUAUCAGACCCUCGAUGCUAAGACUCCAAAAUGGCAGAUGGAAGGCUCACUCAUUGGAAACAAUCCAGGUCUCGGCUUUCGUCCCAUGCCCGACUCCGCAACUGUAGAGAGUACCCUCAUCUACUACAAAGCCAAUGACAAGGGAUCCGUGCUUCGGUGGGCGCAGGUCAUCGAUGACUUUCUUGAUGAGUACCGCAAGAAGGGUAGCGGAAGCGGUGAAGCAACUGGAGCAGAGAACCGUGUCCCGUGUAGCCCCACUUCUGCGCCGGUUGGAGAGCACCAAGUGUGUGAUGUCCCCGUAGAUGACUUCAACCCCUGCACCUCUGCUAAGCAGUACAACUUUGAGGAGGGAGGCCCAUGUGUUUUCCUGAAAUUGAAUAAGAUUUUCAACUGGACUCCGCGAGCAUACAACACCACUGAAGGUUUACCAGACAACAUGCCUGAAGAUCUUAAGCAACACAUCAAACUUGUGUCUGGCAAGCCUGAAGCAAAUACGGUGUGGGUGUCAUGUGAGGGUGAGAACCCAGCAGAUGUGGAAAACAUUGGACCAAUUCAGUACAUACCUCGCCGAGGUUUCCCCAACUUCUACUAUCCUUUCACCAACAAGGAAGGUUAUUUGAGCCCUCUGGUUGCUGUGCUCUUUGAGAAGCCUAGAACCGGCGUUCUCAUCAACAUCGAGUGCAAAGCGUGGGCGAAGAAUAUCCAGUACGAUAGAUACGAGCGGCGAGGCUCGGUGCACUUCGAGCUGAUGGUGGACCGCUCUUAAGCUGCGGGUUCUUGGUGGCCAAUCACCCUCGGCCAACUCUAGUCAACGUCCAGCGUUCUUGCAAUACUGCCAUUCCGAGAUUGUGAUUGGCCAAUCGGUUAUUGGUCACCACGUUAGUUUGCCAAUUGGUUAAGUUUCUGUCAAGUCACCCCGAGACGAUCAUUUUAAACGCUAUUUCUUUUCUCUUUAACGCGUGGCUUCUAAUCGCAGUAUUGCGCAGUAAAUGCCUGAAAAAUAUUGCGCAAUUAAAAGUUGCUCAAUUUUUGUUUCAUACAUUAAGCGCUGAGGGCGCGUGGACUCUAAUAGUCGUCUGGGGGAUGGCCAAGAACCAGUUGGCUAAGGCUGCCAUGGUCCUACCUGGCGCCGGCUGCCGGUACAUUAGCAAUAGCCACCUAGUCGGCAAUUUAUUUAUAUUCGUUUUAGAAUAGCCACAUGGCAACACAGUUUUGUUUACACGCUUAAAGUUUUAAAAUUAAUAAUAAAUAAAUGUUUAAUAUUUAAUGUUUUCUGGACGAUGAGUCAAUAAAUAUGCAAUAGUUGGUUCCAAUUUAGCUUU